UGUCUCUCCAGUCUCCCCUUCCCGCCUUGGCGUGGUUUUAGGAAUUGGUCUUUUACUAAAAAAAAAAAGAAUUGACAUUUAUCCGUAUCAGUUCCGAAAUUGAAACAGAUACCACACCGAUAUAUUGUAUGUUGUUUGCCCUAAAAAAUACCGAUAUGUGAAACGCUUACCAUAAAGUAUUUAACGUUUAACCCCUCGCUCUGUGUUUAGCAUCUUCCUCGUUCAAUUUGAAAUUGUUCUCAAUGGGUUACAGCAAGUCGAAGCGAUUCAGAAACAACAACUCCCAUCGGGGUCAGUCCAGCCGUAGCCGAGAAAGUUCACGUGAAUACUAUAAUGAUGAAUCUCUCCCAACAGCUCAAGUUUUCUCAACAGAUGCAACAAAUGAAGAAGAACCUCCCGUUCCUAAAGUUCAGCUUGCUAUGUGGGAUUUCGGACAAUGUGAUGCGAAAAGAUGCACGGGGCGCAAGCUUUCACGAUUUGGGUUGCUGAAAGAAUUGCGUAUGAAUAAUGGCUUUGGGGGCAUUGUUUUGAGUCCUGCCGGGAAGCAAUGUGUCUCUAAGGAAGACCAACUCUUAAUGAAGAGAAAAGGGCUGGCUGUGGUGGAUUGCUCAUGGGCACGCUUGAGUGAUGUACCUUUUCAGAAGCUCCGCUGUGCUGCACCUCGUCUCUUACCAUGGUUGGUGGCAGCAAAUCCAGUAAAUUAUGGUCGUCCAUGUGAGCUGUCUUGCGUGGAGGCACUAUCAGCAGCUUUAAUAAUAUGUGGGGAAGAGGAAACAGCUAAUCUGCUGCUGGACAAAUUUAAGUGGGGUCAUGCAUUCUUAUCUCUGAACAGGCAACUGCUGAAGGCAUAUUCAGAAUGCGCAAACAGUGCUGACAUUAUUUCUGUCCAAAAUGCUUGGCUUUCUCAGAGCCCAAGAGUUCCACAACCUCCUUCAGAAGCAGAUGGUUCUGGAGCUGCGAAGGACGCCAGACAAAUCAGUGGAGAUGAUGAGUCUGAUUCCGACGAUGGACUUCCACCACUUGAAGAGAAUUUGAAUCACUUGCACUUGGAGCAAAGUGAGGAAGAAAGUGAGUGAAUGGAAUUGACUUGAGGUCCAAGGCAACCACCCACCAUUGUUUGAUGGGUUACACAAUGCGCCUAUAUAGUGCCAGAACAUUUUAACCCAAAGGAAAAAUAGUGCUAAAACAUGUUCAUCAGCUGGUACAGCACAGGAAGGGUGUCAACCAGUCGGUCAGUCAGGUAGGUUCAGUCAAGCCUAAGUGGUCCUAAAAAUUUAAAACCAUACACCGUUGUUGGGUGUUUAGUUAAUUAGAUCUCAUAGGUCAGGCAUGGACAUGUUUAUAUUUGGUUGGUUGGUUACAAGUCUAUAUAUAAUCGGAUUAAUUGUCUUGUAAACGAGUUAAUUGUACUAAUCAUGUUAUAAAAGUCGGUCUCAGUUGGGUGCCA